AUGGCAGAAGAGAGCAAACUAGAUUGUGAAUGGUUACCCGAAGGUACGAAAGCACUAGCUGAUGGUGAAUAUGAUGUGAUUGUGCUAGGAACAGGUCUAAAGGAGUGUAUUCUGAGUGGAUUAUUGGCCGUGAACGGUAAAAAGGUGCUGGUUGUUGACCGUAAUCCGUACUAUGGCGGUGAAUGUGCAUCACCUAAUUUGACGAAUCUCUACAAGAAAUUUAAGCCUGAUCAGGAACCACGCACUGAUUUAGGUGCUGACCGUGACUAUAACGUGGACUUGGUGCCCAAGUUCAUCAUGGCGUGUGGUAAACUAGUCAAAAUGCUGUUACAUACAAAAGUGACGCGUUAUUUGGAGUUUAAGAACGUGGAUGGAAGUUAUGUCGUUAAGAAUGGACGGACAUACAAGGUCCCUGCUACUGGAGAAGAGGCGCUGCGCUCGUCGCUCAUGGGGAUGUUUGAAAAGCGCAAGUUCCGUAAGCUCAUUAUGUAUAUCUACAAUUAUGAGGAGAAUGAUCCGAAGACGUACGAAGGCAUGGAUCUGUUCAAACAGUCUAUGAGUGAACUAUUUGAAAAGUACGGAGUUGAUGCCAAUACACAGAGUUUCAUGGGUCAUGCAAUGGCUCUUAUGCGUGAUGAAUCGUAUCACAAGCGUCCGGCUAUCGAGACAGUGCGUGCCAUUAAACUUUAUGCUUAUUCGCUUGAACGCUACGGCAAGUCUCCGUACAUCUACCCACUCUACGGUCUGGGUGGCCUGCCGGAAAGUUUCUCGCGUCUCUGUGCUAUUAACGGUGGUACGUUUAUGCUAAACCGGUCGGUGGACGAGAUUCUUACGGACAAAGACGGCAAGGCGUGGGGUAUCAAGUGUGAUGAUGAAGUAGCCAAAGCCAAGCUAGUGAUUGGUGAUCCAUCUUACUUUUCUGCUCAGAAGGUGCGCAAGACCGGCGUGGCUGUCCGCUCCAUUUUCAUUCUGAAUCAUCCCGUGCCGAAUUCAAAUGAUGCCGAGUCGCUGCAGAUCAUUAUUCCCGCUGCCCAGGCCAACCGCAACAACGACAUUUAUGUCGCUGUUGUGUCAUUUGCCCACUGCGUUGCGCCACAAGGGAUCUAUAUUGCCAUAGUGAGUACGCUCGCAGAGACUUCGAUGCCGUUGCAGGAGCUUGAGCCUGGUGUGAAGCUUCUAGGCCCGUAUCUGGAGCGCUUUGACGCUAUUACGGAUAUGUUUGAGCCCGUGGCAGAUGGCAAAGAGGAUAACUGCUUUAUCAGCGCCUCGUAUGACCCGACAAGCCACUUUGAGACAACAUCGGAAGACGUGCUGGACCUGUACAAGCGCAUCACUGGUGAAGAUCUUGACAUGAACAUUAACGCUGAUUCAACUGACGUGGACCAGUAG